AUCGAAAGGGCGCUUGAGAAAGAACGCCAAAAAUUAGUCAAACCAUCUAAUGAUAGUUCCUUACUGUCGGAACAGAGUGAUAAUGACCUCAGAUUCCUACUCGAUUCAAUGCCAUUGAAUUCAGAUGGAUCAGAGGAUCAAGUUGUGCCAAUUGAACUUGCUGAAAUAUUGCAACUCAGUCCUCGCAAUCCAAUCAAAGAAGAUGAUGCGGACAUCGAUGCGAGACUUUUGGAAGAGUUGAAUUCGCUGCCGAUGGUGGAACCAGAACCCGACAUGGAACCCAAAGAGAAGCCGCUAUCACAACAAGAAAAACAACCGAAUUGUUUACCCUUUAAGUCCGUACAGAAUACACACAAGUUAUCCGUUCAAGUUUCCGGCGAUGCUUCAGUUGCUGCCCAAAAGUUGCAAUCCAACUCUAACUGUGGGAUGCAAUUGAAAUCAAAUUUCACUCCACAGUUGCAAUUGGGAGCAGCUCAAGCUCAUUCCUAUAAAAUGGGAUUGAGUUCUCAGACGCAUGAACUCCUUAGAAAAGCACCACGUGCAAAUUCUGUACCUCUUUCCAUGAGAAGUUUCCGGGCCAGUGGAAUGACAUUUAACCAGGCGAUGUCGGACUUUCUGAAGACAAAAGGCAGCCUGGGAGCAAUGCCCUCUCAGAUGAGGAAUGUGUCACAGAUCCAGAUGCAAAAGCCAAUCCUUAACCAGUCCUCAACAAAUCCUUUGUCUGUGCGACGGGAGGCGACUCCGAUGCAUGCGCCACUUGUGGAGGACGAUGAGGUGGACUUUGAGGAAAUUGGCGUAGCGGAUACAUAUUCAUCGUAUUGGCCUAGCAAGCUCAAGGGUGGCUCCAGGCAUCCCGAUCCCGUUGUGGAGACAGCUACACUCUCCUCCGUGGAAUUACCGGAUAUUACCUACGAGUUGGCUCUGCCGGAGAAGGUGAAGAACUCGGAUCGUUUGAGUGCAUUGCAGUUGGAGGCGGUUACCUACGCUUGCCAGGCACAUGAGCAGCUGCUGCCGAGCGGACAACGUGCCGGAUUCCUGCUCGGCGAUGGCGCCGGAGUGGGAAAGGGACGCACCAUUGCGGCCAUUAUCUAUGAGAAUUAUCUGAGAGGCAGGAAACGUGCCCUGUGGAUUUCCGUGUCCAACGAUCUCAAGUUCGAUGCGGAACGCGAUCUGCUGGACAUUGGAGCGAGCAAACAUCUCAAGGUUGCCUCGAUGAGCAAGUUCAAGUACAGCAAGAUCAAUUCAGAGGAGAACGAGUAUUUCAAGAAGGGCGUCAUCUUCUGCACCUACACGGCACUGAUCGGCGAAUCCGCCAAUGCGAAUCCCAAAUACAACACCCGAUUGCGGCAACUGAUCAACUGGUUGGGCACUGACUUUGCCGGCGUCAUUGUGCUCGACGAAUGCCACAAGGCCAAGAAUCUCAGUCUGAUGAAUGCCGGCAAAUCCACCAAGACGGGCACCACAGUCCUGGAACUGCAGCAGCUCCUGCCGAUGGCCCGUGUGGUUUAUGCCUCGGCAACUGGCGCCUCGGAGCCCAGGAAUAUGGCGUAUAUGGUGCGAUUGGGACUGUGGGGUCCUGGCACAUCCUACUCGGAGUUCUUCAAGUUUGUGAAUACCGUGGAGAAGCGAGGCAUUGGUUCCAUGGAGAUCGUUGCCAUGGACAUGAAACUGAGAGGAUCCUACAUUGCCAGGCAGCUGAGCUUCAAGGAUGUCAGCUUUCGGAUUGAGGAGGUGCCGAUGUCCCGGGACUUUCAUAAGCUCUACAAUCACUCUGCGGAACUGUGGGCCGAGAUCAACGAGAAGUUCCUCAAGGCCUGUCGCCUCAUGUGCAUCGAGAAUCGUGUCCAGAAGAUCAUCACCUGCCAGUUUUGGUCCGCGCAUCAACGUUUCUUCAAGAAUCUCUGCAUUGCCUCCAAGGUGAACCAUGUGGUCAAGAUGGUCCGUGAUGCGGCACGUCAGGGUAAGGCUGUGGUAAUUGGUCUACAGUCCACAGGAGAGUCGAGAACUUUGGAGCAUCUGGAGCUCUAUCAAGGUGAACUGACCAACUUUGUGUCCACCUCCAAGAUGAUUAUUCAGUCGUUUGUCGAGAAGUACUUUCCGGCCCCAACACGCGAAUCCCUCUACAAGUUACUCAGCACCGGCAAGUUUGAACCCGAAGCCCGUACUCGGCCCGCCUCGUGCUCGAAGCGUGUUCGCAUGAUUUCCGAUUGGUCGGACGAUGACAUGGACGCCGAUGGAGGCGACAGCGACAUGGACAUUGACAACAGCUGGAAUGUGGACGAAGACGACGAUGAUCGCCUGAAGCUGGGACGCAAGCGACGCGGUCGUCCCCCAAAGCCAGACAAAGUGGAGAAGAUCACGAUGCAGGAUCGCAUUUUGCAGCAUCUGUGCAAUAAUAUGAAUGCCAAGAACGAUGGUGAUCUAAGCCGCAUCUUUGAUCUCAACAAAUCCCAGGCGGCUAAAAUAACCGAGCGGGAUGUGGAACGUUGCAUAACCGUGCGAGAGAAAUUGCUGGACAAGAUUGAGCAUCUGGGACGUCGCAUGCCACCGAAUACCCUCGACAAGAUCAUCUCCAAGCUGGGCACCAAGGUUGUUGCUGAGAUGACGGGACGACGUGGACGUGUCAUCCAGACAGAUGACAAUACGUUUAGGUAUGAGCAGCGAGGGGAGGCGGAAACCACCAUGGAUCUGGUUAACUACAGGGAGAAGCAGCGUUUCAUGGAGGAUCAGAAGCAUGUGGCCAUCAUCUCAGAGGCAGCUUCCAGUGGCAUCUCCCUGCAAAGCGAUAGACGCCUCUUAGUACAGCGACGACGUCUACACAUUACUCUGGAACUUCCCUGGAGUGCCGAUCGUGCCAUACAACAAUUCGGGAGGACACAUCGCUCGAAUCAGGCCAAUGCGCCGGAAUAUGUCUUCCUCAUCUCGGAUCUGGGCGGAGAGAGUCGCUUUGCGGCGACGGUUGCCAAGCGCUUGGAGAGUUUGGGAGCCUUAACUCAAGGAGAUCGUCGUGCCACCGAUGCCCGUGAUCUGUCCAAGUUCAACAUUGACAACAAUAUCGGACGCAGUGCUCUGGAGAGUGUUCUUCAGCAGAUAACGGGUGAGAAGCCCCUGGAAUCGGUUCAUGUGCCUGAAAACUACAACGGAGACUUUAGCUUCGACUGCUGUGUGGCUCUCUCGGGUGUCGGAAUACUGAGUGUCUCGGAGGACACGAAGGGACAACAAAUGUUUGUCAUCGAGAAGGAUAGCAAUAAUAUUCCCAAGUUCCUCAAUCGCAUUCUUGGCUGUCGCGUUGAAGUCCAGAAUGCGCUCUUCAAGUUCUUCCUGAACAAAAUGUAUUCCCUGAUCCUGCAGAUGAAGCGUUCGGGACACUUUGAUUUGGGCAUCUUGGACUUGGAUGCACAUGGCGCGAAUGUGACGGCCAUCAAGCUGAUUCGCUUCAUCAGGCAACAUGCCACAGGCAGAGCUGCCACAGAGCUGCACACCAUGCAGGUGGUGCGUGGCAUGGUCUUCGAUCUAGCACUAGCCAAGUACAACAAGGAUGCUCGCCGUAAGCACGAGGGCUUCUACAUUUACAAACAGGAGCGCAAUAACAACAAUUGUGCCAUUCUUUGUCUGGAUGCCCAAUCGGAGGCAACUGAGGCGAGCAGUGAUCCCACCAAGAUCAACCUGAAGAUCUACAGACCCAAUACAGGACCUCAAGUGCGCACUGAAACCCUUAGCUCUAUAACCACUCGAUAUGUGAAAGCUAAUCCCGAGACAGUGCAACAAUUCUGGGAUAUGCAGUACAAUCAAUGCCUGCGCAUGUGUUCCCACAUCUAUUGGAAUCGCAGAUGCCCCUUUGGCAUCAAGUGUGGUGUAGGUCUCCGCGUACGCACCUAUCAUGUCCUCUCGGGUCUCAUGCUGCCCAUUUGGGAUCGCAUUGCGUUGAUCAUCGAGAAGGACGGUCGCAAAAUCCAAAUGAUACGUGUCAAGACGGAUGACAAUCGGAAAAUUGUUGGUACCGUUGUGCCUGAGUGUGCUUAUCAUCAGCUUGUGGCGGAUCUCUCGGCGGAUUCAAUUGUCGAGUGCAAGGAUUUCAAUAAAAGCAAGAAUUAAGAUUGCAUUUAAUCAAGGCAUGCAAUCUGAUCGAAAUUUAUUUCUUUUGGAGAAUUUAAUGCAACCAUAAAUAGGUUCAAUAAAGUUGAAUCUGCUGGAGUUUUCAAUAA